AUGGCGAUCUGUUCGUGUGUCGGGUCGAUUUACUCCGCUUUCGCGGCUGUGAAGUCGGGGGUUGUUGACUUCAAGGGACAGGAGCGCGUCUACUCCGUGCUGGUUUACCUUGCCUGGGCCGCCGGGCUCAUCGGGUUCUUCGUCGGCGGUAUCUUCGAAGAUUUUAGCAUCACAAUCUACACAAUUUUAAUUUGUAUGGCCCUUACUGCGAUCCUGUGUUUCCCUUCGUGGCCAAUGUACAACAGACACCCUGUCGAGUGGACUCCUCACGACCCCGACAGACUGGCGGCUCUUUUCACUCAGCAACAGCAAAACCAGGAAGGCGCAAGUCAUCAGGAGCCUUCUAGUGGGGGGAAAGGGAGAGGGAAGAAGCAUGUUGAAUCGCAACGGAGAAAGUGA